CCCGUGGCCGAGCAAACCCACGCAAACACUCAUUACCUGCAUAAAACCGGAGAUCAUGGCAAGAGUGAAAGUCAUCAGGGAUUCCGGUAGGUUUCCACACGUCUUCCAGAUGCUUGGUUUUAGUGACUUAGCUGUACUGGCCAGGUCGUGGGACAUAGGGGAGGAAGUUUUUCAGACCGAACUAAACGAGUUAGCAGCAAGGCUGGAGGUUAGUAAGAUCGAGUAUUCCAGGGAAUGCAUAGAGUUACCCGAGAAGGUAGCAGCAAUGAAACGAACCUUUUUGAGGGCGUGGGGGUUGAGCGACUCACACGUGAGGGCACCAACCAUCCCCAGGGCGAGAAGGGAGCCGGCUGUAGCAGCACAACCUAGGCAUGCAGUCGGAUUGCAAGCUCUGGAAAUCGGAGAAGAGGAGAGGCAGGAAAUGGAACAGGUCAUUGCAGCCAUCAACGCUACAACCGCGGAAAGAAUCACCCCUCCCCGCAGAGUUAGAAGGUAUACUGCUGCCGAACCGACUGGGCAGUUCACUGCGUUUGCACCUUUAGCUUCGGAGAGGUGGGUGGAGCACACGUGCCUGGCCUACCGCCAUGGCAUUUGGAAAAUUGAUACAUUUAAUCACCUGUCGCCAAUGUCCAUAAAAGCACUGCAGUUCAUAGCCGGGGUCACAGACGAGGAGGCACUCACCUGUCAGGAGGUUGCACUAGAUGGCAGUCUGGAGCAUGCAGGUAAGCAGAGUAAGUCUAUAGAACCGGCAGAUCUUAGCUUUCCACCGAUGUCAUACCUGGACCGGGAUAAGUGUGGGGACACCCCGUCGGUGUGUUGGCAGAAAGGCAUCAAACAGCCACCUAACUUGCAGCUUAGAAGCCUACGAAAAGAACCGAGAGUGGAGCCAAUAACCACCGGGGAGAUGGUACGACUCCCGAUUGGAAGGAAGAAAUGGGUCAGAGAACGGGUAGAGAGAACGAUGUGCUUGCACAUGAGAUACUCCAGCCAUAUCAUGAAGGCAUUCAGCAUCCGAAAGCUGGUGAAGGAAAUGCUGGAGAGGGUGGUAGGAGAGGACGCUAAGAAUUGGCAGGAUGAUGUCAUGUUUGGAUGGACCUACAAUGAUGCCAUUGCCGCCAAACUCUGCAGACCGUAUGACGUGUUCAAAGACUUCGACCUCGACUACUGGCUCAGCAACUACAAGGAGGAGGAAUGCCACUGCAACGCAGGAAGGAAUGCGCAAUUUCGUAACAACAACACGCUCCUGCUGAAACCAGACGCCGCCUGUCCCCACGUCAUUACACUUGACACCGCAAUCACGUCCAACAACACCUUGAGAGCAAUAAUGGGACGGGGAUUAAACCACAUCCCAAUUAAGGCCAUGGACAUAAACGAAGCACUAACGGAGGUUGAUGCACUGCUUGACAGGCUGUUCGAGAAGCAUAAAGAAAUUGCGGACCUGCAUGACUGGAGGGACAGGAGCACCAGUGACUCAGUCAGAGUGCGAAUAACCGGCAAAGGAAAGAUGUUUCCGUCAUGGACGCACCCCGGGACAGCAGCGGAGGACGGGUCCAUCAUGUUCGAUGAAGAUGACAUCGUGUGGGUAUCAGAAUGGUGUCUGACUAACAAUUGGGUUCGAAUGGGUGCAUAUGCGUGGAGGCAAGUGCUGGGAAUUCCAAUCGGCCUAGCUUGCUCACCGAUCUGGUGUGACCUUUACUUCUUUAAAUACGAGUUUGCAGCAAUCAUGGGGAUGGUAUCUAGGCAGCAAUUCGAACUGGUGCAAUGCUUCAGGGAUACCUUCAGGUACGUCGACGAUGUAGUUGCUCUCAACAACACCAUCAUUGCGGAAUGCAUGCAAGGCAGAGUUCAAGGGGAGGGCGUAACGGGCGGAGUACAGCCCAUCUAUCCUGUGCAGUUCAUCGAGGUAGUGGAGAACACCAUGGUAAUAGACGGCGAGCAAGGGAGGAUUGCCAACUUCCUGAACAUGACCAUUUUCGUGAACUCCGAGGAAGAGGGCACGUUUUCUACCACGAAGCAUGACAAGAAUGUAGGACUCGGAUUUCAACCUAUCCGAUUCAUGCGUUACAAGUCAAACAGGAGCGUGGCCCAGUCGUUGCAGAUCAUCACGGCUCAGACUGCGCUCAUACUAGUCCUCUACACUGAUCCGCUAGACGUGGCUGAUGAACUCUUCAAAGCGGUCUCGAUCAUGGCUAACAACGAAUUUGAUGAAGGGAGGUGCUGGGCAGUGGUGAAGAAGGUCCUUGCGCACCCGGAAAGGUAUAAACCAGGCAGGACCCCAAGUGGCAGAGUGAAGGAAGCGAUCAAAAUUAGAUUUGGCGUGAACUAACUGAGUGCUGAUGUGUAUGUGUAGUCAACAUGUGUGUGUGCGCGCGUGUGUGUGGUGACCGAAGGGGCGAGCCAGCUGGGAAGCUAAUCCCCUCGGGCACCAGUACUUCCAGUUUGGCCAACCCCCUCGAAGGGAAAGGGGUGGGGCACACACACACACACACACACACACACACACACACACACACACACACGCUCACACGAUGAGAGACAGAAGAAGAGCGGCAGGAGGCGGAUGGACCCAGCAGAACUAGGAGCCCAAGGGCCGA